GUAUUCAAUACAAGUAUUUGUAUAAAGUACAUAAAUAUAUAUAUAUAUUUGAUUAAUAAUUUACAGUUCACCCGACAAUUUACAUCAUUACUAAAACGAAACAAGAUAUCGAAAGCGAAACUAGAAAACACAAGAAAGAGAGAGUUUGGCAGCCUAUUAAUCGGUCAAUCAUGUUGCGAAAAAGAAACAAGUAGAAGAACUAUGAUCCCAUGGAUAGCGGCUCAGGUUCCUCAUUUACCAGCAUGAGUUUUCAAGUGAGUGUGUAUGGGCCUGAUAGGGAAUGCAUGAAGAUUGAUGUCAACACUUCUGACACAUAUGAAGAAGUAUGUGAAGCAGUUGCGGAAAGGUUAGACAUUCCACCUGUUAUGUUUAACUGCAGUGGACUGUGUGUCUUGGAUGGGGAACAGAAACGAUUCCUUUGGUUGCCUCCAACUAAAAAUGACAUUCAUUCACGCAACGAUGUGUAUUUUCGAAUAAGAUUCCUUCCACAUGAAGCUUAUAUUGAUGUUUUGGAAAGAAAAUAUUCACCAUGCUUUCAGUAUUUGUUCUAUCAGGUAAAAUGGGAUUUUUUGCAUGAAUGUUUGAGUUAUUACAGAGAUCACAAAAAAGCAAGUGAAGCCAGAGGGGCAGGUACUUUUUUGUUGGCGACGAGUGUCAGAAUCUGGGCAAAGGAAAACAAUCAAGAAGAAAACUGCAAAGAGUUCUUAGAACAGUAUGAUCUAAAAAUGUUUUUACCUAAAUGUGUUCUGAAAAGUUUUUUUGAUAGAAUAAUGGUAAAGUCUCCCCUCAUAGAAAAGGCAAAUGAGUUGCUAAAAGACAAACAGUUACACCCUGCAGAAACCUUCAAGAAGUAUUUUGUUAAAGACAUUAUAUCAAAAAGUAACAAGUUCUACAGUAUAGAAGAAUACAGAUGCUGGAAAUUGAAUUUUGAAUACAAGGAAGUGAAAGAAAAUGACACAUCUGGAAAACCCCAAACACCCCAGCUUCAAAACUCAGAAAAAGAAGAGGUUCUACUGAAAACAGAGUUUAAAGGAUUUAAUUCGCAGAUUACUUUUGCGACUAAGAUUCCAUGCAGGAUAGAGACAGUACUUAAAGUAGAGUAUGACAUAUUGGACUUGGAGGGUAUUGCAUGGCACAAAGUCACAAUUUUAGCCCAGGGUGUUCAAGAGGAACUGUUCUUCCAAGACAAGCUGGAGAUGUAUUCAUUCCUGACAGCUGUUGAGAAGUGCUACUGUCUAUUUGUUGACUUCUAUGGAAAUAUAUGUCAUAGUGUACGCUCACCGACAACUUCUGAUGUUCGCUCACCGACCACCUCUGAUGUACGCUCACCGACAACCUCUGGUGUACGCUCACAGACAACAUCUGAUGUACGCUCACCGACAACCUCUGAUGUACGCUCACCAGCAACUUUAAAGUUAUACCGACUGAGAGUGCAUGGGCCUGUUUCAAAAGAUUUUUUGAAGAAGAAACUGGAGAAUUAUCCGGAUUGUGGGCAGAAGUAUGCAAUAAGAAUGAGCUUGGACAAGUACGGUUCCUAUGAUGUUUUUUACCUGAAGAAUAAAGGAGAUAAGCUGUAUGGGUGGUCAACUGGCAAGGUUCUUCAGACUCCAGAUGGCUACACAAUCGAAAACUCAAAUAUUGCAGCUGUGACCGACUUGAAAACAUUAUUAAAACAAUAUAUCAGCUCUCUAAAAUCUAUUCCAAGCGACUGCACACGGAUUAAACCGCAACAGUUUGAAGGUUGUGACGAGAUUAAGAGAUACCUGUUGGAUAUGGUGCAGCUUCAGAACAGUGAGGCAAUCGAAGAUGAUGAGCAGACUCGUAGGCGGCUAGAACAUGCCCCCAAAGUGUACCUGAAGAAUCAGGUUGUUAUAGGGGAUGAGAUAGAGUUUGGCUAUUUUACUGAGGUGAAGAGGGCUUUACUGAAUGAAGAACAGGUGAUAGUGAAGAUGUUAAAACAACUUCCUGCUAUAAAACAGAACCAUCAGGAGUUGCAAGAAGCACUGAUGGAAAGUGUGAGCAAGCUUAUGGAAUGGGACUCAGCCAAGUUCUUUGUGGGUUUUCAUGGUAUUUGCCUUAUGCCAGAGCCCAGCAUCCUGAUGAGUGGAACCAGCUUCUGCAGCCUGAAGCAGUUUCUCUUGUCAGAAAGAACUGACAUGCCUCAACUGAAGCUCGAGCAUUUGAUGCAGGUCCCUUUUUUCCUUGUGGACGCACUCAUUUACAUGGAGAAGAAGAAAUGUUACCAUGGCAACAUCAACUGUGAUAAACUUGUUGUGGAGAGAUUUGAUAACAUGGUACUGAAACUUACUGACCCUGGAAUGGUUACUAUUAGAAACAAGCUGCCAUUAGAUCAUGCCCUAAAUGUGGAAAGGUUGCCAUGGCUGGCUCCAGAGCGAAUUAAGCAUCUCUCCCAUGUCACAGUGCAAUCUGAGGUCUGGGCCAUCGGUACAACACUGUGGCAGAUGUUUUCUGGUGCAAGGAACCCGAGUGCUGAAAUUCAGGAUAAGCUGGGCAAGGCAAGGUCUACUACUUUGUCAGAUUGUGAGGUGGUACAGUUUUUCCAAGACAACAAGGGUUUUAGUUGCCCCAAAUAUUUGAAGCCAGAGCCUGGUGACCCAAAUCCGGUUUUGGUUAUGAAGGACAAGUUUUACCAAGCCAUACUUCAUUGCUGGACGAUAGAUAGUGAGGACAGACCAAACCCUACCAUGCUGCUGAGAACCUUUAAUGAAAUCUGUCAGAGCUAUGGUUCUAAUAACCACAUAAACAGCAGCCUGGACUACACUGAAGUCGAUGUUGAACAAAGGGUGUCUGAGAGUAGUGGAAGUAAAAAGAGGGAUGUUCCAGACAUUUCUGCUCUUACUGGCCAUGUAUCCGAAAAUCACUCGUUGCUGCUGCAUUCCCAAUUGGUGGCAGAAAGCCCUCCAAAUGAAGCAGCAGGUAGUGAGCUGGCCCCUGCAGUCCUCUCCCAGAAACAAUCAGAGAACAGGGUUAUCCAUUGUAAACAAACGUCUUGUGACCUUGGAACAUUGCCUGAGGUUCCCAGGCAACGGCAUACAAUACUGCCCACACAGUUGGUGGUAGAUAUAAAAAAAGAACUGGGAAAAGUAAGUGGUAAAGGGUUGCCAUGAUAACUUUUUCUUGCCUGACAAAGAUUAAAAAAAAGAAGACACAGUUUCUACAAAGUCUUAAUAGGAAAUGUGUUGUCAUAUGAAUAUAUGAACAUAAGAAAAGAAUUCGGAAAUAAUUCAGAGCAUGGACCAAGACUGAAUGAAAAAACAUAUUUUAAAAGUUGUCUGUUGUGACUGUAAAAAAUAUAUUUAUAAAUAACUAUGAUGGAGAAUAGAAACCUAAUUUUAAGGUUUUGAGGAUAGAAGAAGGAUUGUUAGGAAAUAAUUUUACCAUAAAUUGGAUAAUUAAUGUCCAGGAA